AAGUCAAUAAGGGCAAGCUCUUGCCUUUUCCUCAUACACUUUGUUUACUUUCUUUCUCCCCUUGCCCCUCCAAAGACUUUCAUUUCAUUCUUGCUUCCUUUUCAAGGUUGAGGAAUUCUGGGGAAAAUUUUGAUUUCUUUUGGAUGUUGAGUGAUAGCUGAAGAAGGUGAGAAAUCUGGAGAGGGGUUGAAUUUUAUGGAUAAUCUGUGUUGCUUCAACUCUGUAUAUUCCCAGGUUGUUGGAGGACGUUCUUCAUGUAGCUCUGGAAAGGGUAGAAGCCAUCAGAGCCCUGUCAAGUAUGGCUUCGCCCUAGCGAAAGGCAAAGCCAAUCAUCCCAUGGAGGAUUAUCAUGUUGCAAAGUUUGCUCAGCUUCGGGGACAUGAACUCGGACUUUUUGCUAUAUAUGAUGGCCAUUUGGGAGAUAGUGUACCAUCUUAUCUGCAAAAGCAUUUGUUUUCCAAUAUCUUGAACGAUGAAGAAUUUUGGACCGAUCCUGGCAGGUCCAUCUCUAAAGCUUACGAGAAGACGGACCAAGCGAUUCUCUCACACAAUCCCGACUUGGGUCGAGGGGGAUCCACGGCAGUCACUGCAAUUUUGAUAGAUGGGCAGAAAUUAUGGGUUGCCAAUAUUGGAGAUUCGCGUGCUGUUCUCUCCAAGAAAGGGCAGGCGAUACAGAUGAGUAUUGAUCAUGAGCCGAACACAGAGCGUGGAAGCAUCGAGAACAGAGGUGGCUUUGUCUCAAACAUGCCAGGGGAUGUUGCAAGAGUGAACGGACAACUUGCUGUUUCUCGAGCUUUUGGAGACAAGAAUCUUAAAUCACACCUCCGAUCCGAUCCGGACAUGAAAACUGCUGAUGUUGACUCGGAUACCGAACUUCUCAUCCUUGCAAGUGAUGGACUAUGGAUGGCCAUGUCCAACCAAGAAGCCGUCGAUAUUGCGAAAAAGACCAAGGAUCCGCUGCGAGCAGCCAAACAGCUAAUGGCCGAGGCAUUGAACCGAGACAGUAAAGAUGAUAUCUCAUGUAUCGUAGUUCGUUUCAAGGGUUAAACGCGAAACCGGAAACGCAACGGAAGAACAGUUCCUCGAUUGCUAAAACACGAAUCAAUGGGUAAACACCAACUAGCAGUCUCAUUAGAAAAUGCAUAUUGCUGAAAGUUGUAGAUUUACAUAUCAUCUCCAUUUGGU